CUUUCUCCCACUAUCCGCCUUCUCAAAUCCCUCUUCUUUGCCCACCGAUCGAUUCACUCAAAACCCAAUUACCUUUUUCCCUUUCUGCAUCGUGUACCAAGAAACCCAGAAUACUUCAUAACUAAUCCAACCAUCAAAUCUCAAAACCAAAGAUCCUCCUUUCGCCGCAACAUCAUCACCGUCCUUUCCCAUCUCGCGACCAGAAGAGCUCCAGUCGGCAGAACUGCGAUCGACGUUGAAAAGUUUGGAUCGAACAAAAGCUUCUGCCUGCGAUCGACGAAGACACAGAGGAAGCCCUCACUAUUGAAAAACCAAAGGCAGAGGAACCCAUAGCAGUUGCUUUGGAUGUGAAGAAACCUGGCGAAUGGGAUUUGAAGCGGAACAAGAACAAGCUCCCAAUAGAAUAUAAAUGAUCAUACCUUUCUUUUUUCACCCGAAGAAGGUGCACCACAAUCGGUCCUGCUUCUGCUGAUUGUCGAUAUGAGGAGAGCUCUCUUUUGCUGGGGAGGCUAAAGAAAAAGGGAUAUGAAUUCCUCUUCAUGCUUGACUCCAUUAAGCCUCAAGAAGCUGCAGAGAAGCGCAAGAAGUGGGAGACUCUAGAAGCCAAGCUCAUAGAAGAGGACAAGCAGGCAAGCAGCAGAAGACAGUCCUGCAAUUGAUUCAACAGUACCUUCGAUUCAAGCCUGAUGUAGGCGGUCAAAAGCAUCUUGAGAUUGAAGGUGAGAGUCUUAAACCUAAGGUUGUCAUUGAUCUCUUUAAUGAACAGAGGAAAUUUGUUGAAAAGCAGUUGAGCAUCAUAAAAGAGUUGAGAUUUCUAUCGAGAUGAUUUUGUCCAUGUAAUUGCUGCCUCCACACAACUGGGCACGACAGCAAGAUGUGGGGGAUUUCCACCGUCAAAGAAUUCGAGCAGCGGGUUGCAGGUUGAAUCUGGUGAAGGAGUGUGCUUACAAGUUGUUGUUGGAUGAUAAUUGGGGAAAGAGGAAGACUGAUGGUGUUGUCGAUGCGAUGCUGGUGUUGGAGAAUGUUCAGAUGAAGAGGGUCAGGUGCUUUGCUAUUACAUCCGCUAGAUUUUACUAUGCCUGCUAUGUCUAAGGUGUAUAAGGGAUACAUGUAUCUCAGAAGGCCAAAUGAUGAAAGAUCUAAGCAGGCUUUAUGCACCUGAUUCUGGUUUUGUUUUCUGGUGAUUGGAGUUUUCGUCAGGAUUUGGUGUUUCGAGGGAAGAACGGCAGCCCAAUCCAACCCGCAUUCUUGGGGCGAUGGCAACAAUUAUUAGAUGAAGAAGAAGCUUUUGGUGGGUCUGGCUCCAUGCCUCCUCACAGCUCAAGCCCACUACGUUUGAGCAGAAGGACAUGUCUCUUUUCCCCUCUAGGAGGAAAUACAAGAGCAGUAUGAAUAAUAUGAGGUUCUCUAUUUCCAACCCUUAGAAACACGAUAAAAUCAAUAAGCCUUCUUAAGACACUUCUGGUGCCCCAAAGAUGCCCUUUGGUGAUGAAGAGCAGAUAUUGGAGAACCAAUAACCGGUACUUUUCUCGGCAUUUCCCGUGGUUGAUACAAGAGGGUUGGACCGAAUUCAUAAAAUUAGGCAAUCUUUUUUCCUAUUUAAAC